AUGCUACGACGUAUUGCACUUAGGCCCGUCCAUCGGCACCUGGCGACUGCACCCACAGCGCUGGCUCUUCGCUCUGCCUCCACUGUCGCUAUUUCUGUGCAGGGUCUGCACUACGUAGGCACUGGCCUUGCCGCCAUUGCGCUCGCAGGUGUUGGCCUCGGCAUUGGUACCAUCUUUGGCAACCUGCUUGUCGCCUGCGCGCGUCAGCCGAACUUGACGAAGAUGCUGUUCAACUACGCCAUUCUUGGAUUUGCCCUGACGGAGGCUAUCGGUCUGUUUGCCCUCAUGCUUGCCUUCCUGAUGCUCUUCUCGUAG